AAUUCGAAGGAUAUUAAAUCAGUUUACGACCUCUCUUUUUUUGUGGGAAGUUCCUCUACGGGUUGGUUUUUUGGCUGCGCGUCGGGCCGUUCCGCGUCUCUUCUGUCUAAAUGUUGAACUGUGAUCUUUGUGGACCUUCAGCUGGAUGUAGCGGAGGGGAAACCCACCUAGAGCCGCCCCACACUCCUCUUCUCCCAGCAGGAAUACAGUGAGAUUAACCGGUGAAGGUAAAGUAAAUACUUUUCCAGACUGGUUCAUGGUGGGUUCUCUAUGAUGACCCUGGCCUGGAGGUCUUAGCUGACCCUGCUUAUUUUACCCACCACAUCACUGCCCCUCACCCCAAUGAUGACUAUGAGCUCCAUAUCGGACAGUUUAGUCCCGCCUGAUCCCUCCAAGUCGGCGUUUUUGGAGUUCGGCGGCCACGGGUACCCGGGCCACCAGCAGCCGUCCCCCGGCCUGAGCCACAACCACUACCCGGUGCACGGGCUGCACGCCGUGGGGCCCUCGCAGCACGAGGGGCCCUUCUCCUCCGGGGCCUCGUCGUACGGCCGCCCGCUGGGCUACCCGCCCUACCACAGCCCGGUCAGCGCGCACCACCCCGGGGCCUACCUGCCCUACCAGCACGGGGGGCACGGCGGCGCGCUGGGACACACCAGACUGGAGGAGGCGGACCACGAGAAGCCCACGGCGGUGAUCGAGAACGGGGAGGUGAGGCUGAACGGGAAGGGGAAGAAGAUCAGGAAGCCCCGGACCAUCUACUCCAGCCUGCAGCUCCAGGCCCUCAACCAGCGCUUCCAGCAGACCCAGUACCUGGCGCUGCCCGAGAGGGCCGACCUGGCCGCCAAACUGGGCCUGACGCAGACACAGGUGAAAAUAUGGUUCCAGAACAAGCGAUCUAAAUACAAGAAGAUCAUGAAGAACGGGCCGUGUGGACCUGAAGGAGAACACCUGGCCGCCCCGCCGCCGUCCUCCUCCUCGCCCUGCUCCUUGUGGGACAUGAGCAUGGCCGCCAAGGGCGCGCCAGUGCACUCUGGAGGAUACAUGAACAAUUUUGCUCACUGGUACCCCGGACACCAGCAGGACUCCAUGCCCAGGACUCAGAUGAUGUGACAGUCAGGGGACGCAGCAGCUCCAGGACUAACGGAUGGAUUUAUACCCGCUGGAGCUGUUAGGACACGGACAUUGUUCACGGUCGGAGACGCUCUGGAGGCACAAAUAAUAGAACUGGCAGAGAAAAAUGAUUGUGGCUUUCCCAAAAGACGAGAAAAAAGAUUAGCAAGGUUUUUGAGACGUGCACUGCAAAAAAAGUUGUAUUUUUUGCCUAAAACAGUGAUUUAAGUUGGUAAAACUUGGAAAUAUAAAUGAUUG